UGCUGCGCAAUCUGUACAUGCAUGCAUGCAUGCAAGCGCAGUGCAGUAUCGGGUCGGAUUGCAGCAGAGCAAAUCGAACGGCCAGGAUUGGCCGGUUGUUACCCUAACGCCUUCGUCUCUUCCGACUCCUAUCUGCUUGCUAACCCCCUUCCCCACCCGCCGCCGCCGGCCGGCCACCGAGAUGGAUGUGGAGAAGCUCAAGAAGAUGGCUGUCGCUGUGCGCACCGGUGGAAAGGGCAGCAUGCGCAGGAAGAAGAAGGCAGUUCACAAGACCACAACUACUGAUGACAAGCGGCUUCAAAGCACUUUGAAAAGAAUUGGAGUGAAUACUAUUCCUGGUAUUGAGGAGGUCAACAUAUUCAAGGAUGACAUUGUUAUCCAAUUUCAGAAUCCUAAAGUGCAAGCAUCCAUUCCUGCAAAUACAUGGGUAGUCAGUGGAGUACCACAGACGAAAAAGCUACAAGAUCUGCUGCCAACGAUUAUCAACCAACUGGGCCCUGAUAACCUGGACAACCUGCGGAGGCUUGCUGAGCAGUUCCAGAAGCAGGUACCUGGUGCCGAGGCUGGCGCCAGUGCUGCUGCUGCGCAGGAUGAUGAUGAUGUCCCCGAGCUUGUCCCUGGAGAGACAUUCGAAGAGGCUGCCGAGAAGGAACCGGAACCGGAAGACAAGAAAGAAUAGUAGUUUUGUUUCGUAUCUUCGUCUAUUGUUGUGAAGGGUUGUUCGUCCCAUCUGCCAUGCCAGAGACCUGGUCAUCUAUGAACUCUGACGUGCCUCGUUCGUUUCCAGUCUGACAAUGAAAUCGAGUUUUGCAACAGAUGUCACGUUGGCAAGUGUUUUUUCAUAACAAGAAACACCGAGAGCUGUAAUUUGCUGCAGGCUUGAGGUGCAAAUGGUGAUUGGUGAGAUGGAUGAGUUCUGAAAAUCUUAUCUUUUGAUCA